UAGUAUUGGGUUAGGUCAGCCCGAAGACACUUCGUUACAUUUUAGUCUAGUUGAUCGUCGAUUAAACAUCGACGGAAAUACAUAACACUUGGUUGCUACUCUUAAACUUUAGUUUUAAUUUUUGAUUAAAAAAUUAUUUUCGUGAACACUUUGAAGUUUAUACAUCAACCAAGUCUAUCAACAGUUUGUUUUUAUGUGUGUUAUUGUGAUAUUAUUCUCACUGAUUAAGUGAAGUGAAUUAUCUGGAAAAGCAUUUAUAUAAUAUUAUAUUUAAUUGCAAGAAAAAAAAAAAGAAAUAUAUACAAAGUGAUUUGUAUCAAAGAAAAACGUGAUUUAUAUUUGUGGAUGGAAUGUUUUAGUGUUUCUCUGAAUCACGGAACGUAGAAUGGCACUUUCUUAUUUGCAAGAAGCGCAAAUCAACGCAGGACUUCUCACAGGCCAACAAUUCGACAUGAAAGAGUCAGAGAAGCAAUCAUCAAUGUCUCCACCACUGAACAAUAACACAUCAAUGUCGUUAUUUCCUCGUAUUGGUGCAGCAGCGGCAGCCGCAGCAAGCUUAUCAAUGCUGACGCCACAACAAUUGUUAGCAGCAAGUCGUACAGCAGCAUUGAUGGCAGCAGGACUGCCAGUAUCAUUGCAUGCAAGUUUAGCAGCAGCAGCGGCAUCAAAUCCAUCAUUAUAUGGACAUCAUAAUCAACCAAUGUCAUUAUUUGGUGGUUGGGCACCACCAGCCGCACCAUCACCACCAAGCUCAGUAUCACCAGCACUUAGCACCAAAUCUACAUCAAGACGCAGUACAAAUAAUAACAAUAAUAUUGUUAGCAGUAGUGUUGAUAGAGUGACGAAGAAAAAUCAAGUUAAAAAACGGGGACCAAAGACCAAAGUGGAAAUGAGUUUACCUACUCUAUUGGAAGGUACGGCGCCACCUAGUCCGCCCACAUCUGUCAGUCCUGAGGCUGUUAAAGACUCAAGAGAUAAAGUAUUCACUUGCGGAGUAUGCUCAAGAUCAUUUGGCUACAAACAUGUAUUGCAGAAUCAUGAACGUACUCAUACUGGUGAAAAGCCUUUCGAGUGUCCUGAAUGCCACAAACGAUUUACUCGGGACCAUCAUUUGAAGACACACAUGAGGCUGCAUACAGGUGAGAAACCAUACCACUGUAGCCACUGUGAUCGUCAAUUCGUCCAAGUAGCAAAUCUCCGUCGUCAUUUACGCGUCCAUACAGGCGAACGUCCUUACGCAUGUGAAUUAUGUUCAGCUAAAUUUAGUGAUUCCAAUCAGUUAAAAGCGCAUUUAUUAAUUCACAAGGGUGAGAAACCUUUUGAAUGUGAACACUGCCAAAUGAGGUUUCGCCGAAGGCAUCAUUUACUUCAUCACAAAUGUGGUACAUCUGGAUCCCGAACACACAUGGCAUCACCAUCAGUUACUUCUGAUGAUCUUGAAGAAGAUAUUGAUAUUGAUAUUGAUCCUGAGGUAUCCCUUCGUGCUAAAAGUCAUCCGUCGCAUCGGCUUCCAAGCCCCGCAACCACGGAAUCACGUCCAAUUCAUCUCCCAUUAAAUUUAGCCAAUGUUCCAAUUGAUUUACCUGAACAAACAGAACCUGAAGACUUAUCAAUGCAUCGGACACAUUCUCACAGCCACAGCAGUGGUGAUUCACCUCUUAGCCAAAGUCCUAGCAGUGAUACUUUACAUGAUGAUGAUGAUGAUGAUCUUGAUGUUAAAGAUGCAUCACCAACAACAUUAUUCCUACGUCGUGGUGCUCAUCAUGAUAUUUAUCGAUCUGCCAAGAUGAUUAAACCUGAACCUACUUCGUAGUAUAAGUAGACUCAUUUAACAUUUAUUUUUUAAGUAGUUUUUAUGUUAUAAACUCGAAUUCCUUUCGAUACAAGUCUGAACUGAUUGUAAAUAAUUUAUUAGAUUAUUAAAAGUUGAAUAAUCGUUGUAAUUUGUGUGUUUUUAAUUUUUAUUAGUUUAUAAAAUUAAAACGCUUGAGUGCGUGCAUUUUUUUUCCUCUUUUAUUUUUUUUUUUUUAUACUUAAAUAAAAAUCCAAGAGAAUCAAGAAGAAGUAGAAUUAGAAAAGAGGGAGGAAAAAGAGGAUGAAAGAAAGAUUCUCAACUCAAUGUGACACUGAUUUAUGCUCUGGUUCGUCAUGCAAAUUUCUCUUUAGGCCAUUCGAGGUCAUUUCAAGGACUAUUGUUCCAAAAAUGUUCUUUUUACAACAAUAAGGAUGAAACUAGCUCAGUUUUCUUUUCAAAUCAACUUUAGUCCUUGCAGUAUACAUCCUACUGAAUAACUGUGUGCGAAUAUUCAUUUUUGGAUCUUGUUGAACAAGUCUCCAAUUUCACAUUGAUUUUUAAAUCAUGACUUUUUUUGCUGACUAUUUGUUUAAACAAAUGCUUGACCAGAUUAAUAAUUUUUAUCUCGUAGAACGGGACAUUAAAUUGAUAUUUUAAAAACAAGAGAACGAAAAAAAAAUUUUAAUGACACUGAAAAAAGGACUUUUUAAGUCUUCGACAUUAUUGUUUGUAUAUUUUUUAAUUGUAUAAUUUGUUUAAGACAAUCGACAACUGUUUUAUAUAACAGUAAACGUAUGAUUUUAAACAAUUAACAAGACUUUUUAAUUAUAAUUAAUUAAUUUAAAUUAUAUUUAAUUCAAAUAUUUGAUCAUGGAUUUAUAUUUUGAAUGACUCUAAAAUACGUUUUCAAGAGUUAAGAGAAAAUAAGGCAAAAGUAUCGAGAAAGAGAGAAGUUGAAAAGAAGAAAAAAAUAAAAUAAAAAAAAGGGACAAUGGCGUGUGCCAUUGAGUCUCUUUUUUUUUACCCUUGUGUGUACGCACGAUCGAACACGAUCAAGAUCCAUGUAUCGCACAUAGAGACAUAUAUACACACCCUUCAGGGUUUUUACUUUUUAUCCAAAAAAGACUUUGUUGGUCCUUAAAUACUAAAAUAUCGAUUCUUUAUUCAUUUUUUUACUCUCUCUCUCUAUUUUUCAUCUCAAUUUGUACAAAAUCUUUUAACAUAAAACUGAUUAUUUUUUUUUUGUUAGAUUAAACAAAAAUAUUACCAACAAUUACAAAAAUUAUUUUAUUUUAUUAAAUAAUUAAUUAUGUUAAAAAAUUUUUGAUCAUCCUCUUUUUCUUCUUCUUCUUCUUCUUCAGAACCAAUUAAAAAAAAAAAAAAAGAAUGCUAAAUAUUUUAUUUAUCUGAUGAAAAUAUUUUUUCUGUUUUGAGUGACAUUUAUAAGAUGUAAAUGUUCUGUAGAUAACAAAAGAAAAAUAUGUAAUACAAUCCUGAAAAGAGAAUAUUAUAUCUUUUGAAAUUAAUAAAGAAUAUAUACAGCGUGUGUGAGGUCUGUUACAUAUAUGUAAGAAUUGUAAAAAAAAAAAAAAAAGAAAAGGAAUAUUUC